AUGCCCUACUGCCGCCAAGUGGAAGCCUCGAGUGAGAGGACCUUCUAUGCAUUCUCCGGGUCGAUGAAUUGUCCUGAUGGCAGUGCGGUGAGUGGCUGGUACAAUCUGCCGGGAAUCCCCGUGAAAGGAGACACAUAUGGUGGUCCCAGCAAUGCCACCGGACUGCGUCUCUUUUGCCGCUCCACACCGCUGUUGUCCUCCUGCCAGCAGCCCACAGCAUCCUAUUGUGAGGGAGGAGGGGUCGUGGUGAGUGUCAGCUUUGAUUCCAACAUGUUCAAGCUCGGCUGCUGCAAGUUGCAAAGGCGCUUGGGCAUGGCAUUGACCUCGCAGCCUCGCAAGAGUAUGACUUACCAGGACUUCAACGGCUACUACUGUCCCAGUGACAUAGACAUCACUGGCGCCCCCAGCUACACGAAGACUUUCAUCCCUUCCUUGGGUGAGCCUGCUGUCUCACUGCCCAAGAACAGCCAGAGACGUGCAGCCUUCCUAAGGCAGCAACCGUCUUGGACAUUGACCUGGAAUCGUUUCCGAAGAACUUGGGAGCUUCGAAGAGAUGGACAACUCGUUAAAUCGUUGCCUGGAAUGGACGAAAGUCCAGUGACGUUGAACGGCUCCACCUUCUCAGCAACAUUCAUUGAAGCCCUCUCUGCAGAUUUUGUGACAGGAUCAACCCCAAAAACGCCCUUCCCUAAGCAGAAGCCGAAGCUGCCUCAACUGUUUUCCUUCCAUUCCAAUCAGCCAGAUUACAAGGAGUACUGCAACCCAGCCUAUUUGCAGAACCCGUAUGCCUUCCCGAGUGGCGACUCCAUCAAGCAAACCAACCCAUGCUAUCACACCUUCAACGCACAGCCUGUUCAACUGCAGCCAAAGCCGAAGGGAAUGAUGCUGAAAGGGAUCACGGAGCAGGCCUUUUGGCAAUGCAGUGAGCGAAGCAAGCAGCGAUCAUACAUGACAGCGAUCACCAAGAACAACAACCAGAAAAUCAAGGAUGCAUCUUCCUCCUUCGAUGCCAAGAUGCAACAGAUCUCCCUUGGCAUUCAGCUUGCAGCGGCUAUUGUUGGGAUGAUUCCUUGGGGAAGCUACGCGCUGCCACAGGAGAAGGGGGCAGAGGAAGCACAGGAUGCAGUCCGGAGAGACUCGAGUGAAGAACUGAUGGAUCACUACUUCGAACACUUCAUUUACUUUGCAGAUCAAGCUGAACAAGACGUCAAGAAGGGCUUUGGUGCAAAGAUGUUUGAUGUGAUGAAGCAAUUUGCAUUGACAACCUUGGAGAACAUCAGUUCGGCCCCGUUCCAGACCUUGAUCAGCGGCGUUGACGGCAACGGUGGAGUCUUCAACAUCGCAGACAAAUCCCUGUCUAUGAACAGCCUCAUCAACCCAACAGUUGGGCCCUCACCACCAGUGCCAAGCAAUGGAGCGAUGAAGAAUGUCACAAGCCAAAUCAUCAAACAGACACUUCCACAAAUGUCGGGCACUUUGACGACGGACAUGGAGAAUUUGGCUACAGCCUCAUUGAAAGAUUGCCUCCCUUUGCAGUUCGGCCUAUCCAAGGUGAUGUGCGACCUUUUUUGCAUCGACGACGCGGUGCGUAGUGGGACCACUGCAGUCUUGAGCAGUUUGCAAGAUUCUCAUGCCGCGCUGAUGACGAACCUCCAAGCCUUGCUCGAUUACCAGACACAAUAUUUGCUUUGGGCGAUUGGCACCGCGGUGAAUCCCCACCCGGUUGCGCUGGAAUCUGAGGAGGUUUUGGCAGUUCCGGUACUGCUGAAAGAAAUCGAGGAGUUUCCGGAGAAGGAGAUGAGGCUUGGUUUGGUCUUGGGCCGAGAGGUCUUGGAUUGGCACCGGAAGACCGGAGAAGAACUGACAGACCGGAUCAUGGCCAUGUCCAUCAACGCCUCCAUGGAGAACUGGCCUCAUCGGGUGAAGUCCAUGAAAGGAAUGCUACAUCACUAUCGCAAGAGCUUGACUGAUCGUCUUCAACCUGAGAAGCGCCGUGAUAAUGACUUGCCUUCUGUGCCGUCCACUCAGAAGAUGGUCAAAGAGAAGUUGCAGUAUCUGAGUGAUCAGGCAUCCGAGCACCGUGAGGUGGCGGAGGUGGUGCAAUCCUUACACAUGCAGCACGUGAAAUCGCCGGUACCGCUCUUGGAGGACCAAGCAAGAACAUCGAUUUUGGAGUCUUUCCUGCACACCCAUGAGAAGCACAACACUUUCAGCAUGCUCCACUUAAAGGCCCUGGACCAGACGGACUACGCAGUUAACUUGGCGCACAACUUCUCUGAGUGUGCAGGAGUAGACACCGCCUUGUUGCGGGAAGCGUGGCAACGUGCCUUUCAUGCUGAUGAACGAAGCAGUGAGGCCUUGCUGGAAGCCUGGGCAGCCACCCUUACCACCUCCGAACGUCUACAAGUCGCCGUGAAGGACGAGGGCUUUUUGGAUCGGUUGCCACACCUCAUCGUCCUGGACACUGAGGACCAACGCCUUGACCCUUUUGACGGCAUGUCGGAACCAACGCCAAGCAGUUUGACCCGGGCACCCUGUGGGAAUCGUAGCGCACUGGUGCAGGAGGUCUAUGGCCAAGCAGUGGCCAUGGUCGUUUCCUCCUUGAGGCCCUUAGCCAUGCAGCUGAACACCUUCAAGGUCUUAGCAACCUACCAGGAGCAGCAGCUCAAGCAUCGACAGUUGGAGUACGUUCCCAUGACUGACAGUGCGUCAGUGAUUUCAGAGCUGCAGAUGCUGCUGCAAGAGGUCUCUAUUCCAACAAGUGCACAAGGUCGAGCACUGGCUGCACGCGCAGUGAAGCACUUGGCUCAACCGACGUGUCCAAGCCUUGGGGCAUUCCACCAGACAGACCUUGCGCUCCUGUCGGCCGUAACAGUCGAGACCAUCCUGUUGCUGUGA